ACAUGCCGAGAUUAACGUUAAAGAUCUCAGUCCUUCUGGUCGCAAUGGUGGCGCUGAUGUUAAAAAGCACCGCUGUGGGAUGCUCRAAUCUUCGUUGGGAGGACGCUUCCCAUGGUAACGUCCCUAAUUACCCCGUAGCCGGUGGAUCAGACUAUCCAGGAGAGGUACUUCACGUUGCAAGAAUCAAACUACRCAGUGGCCAAACGCCUGGAAAAAUGGAUGUAUCAGCCCGUAAAGCGCAUGCGUCAUGGGGAGGACGUGAGCACUUUGAUAGCAAUUAUCAGAUUCUUACAAACCCUGGAUGGAAGUCCCAUUUGGAGUGGAAAGCAAGCAGUGGUAACCAUGUUCCUGCCAAUGCAGUCAUAGGAGGGUACGACAAUGGCAGGCCACUGUAUGUUGCAAGGGUGAGGUACUCAGACGGUCACAUGAUUCCUGGAAAGGCAGCGUUUUUCUAUGGAAAGGCGUAUGUUGGUUAUGGCGGGAAGGAAUAUGAAUCAAAAACAUUUGACGUGCUGGUUGAACACCAAAGCAAGAAAAGAAAAAGAGAUGUGUCUUCUCGCUUUGAUUACCCUAAUUUGCCGAACGUCAAGCCAUUGAAGCGUGCUCCAGUCAUUGAGCAGUGAAAAAUGCACGAGUUGAAAUUGGCAAUUAAGAUAUUGAAAAAUUUUAAUUUAAAAAUACCCCAGUUUCGAACUCUACAAUGUUCUUUGUUAGCCUCUUUUGUGUGCAAAAUAUUCCUACCUGUGAACAUAAAACUGUGAGAUUUCAAAUUUUCAAUUUUAUUUAUCUUGACAAAUUCCAUGCAUUCGUGCUAUCAGUGAAGAAAAAGAAUAUAAUGAUCAUUUUUUGAGGCUAAAACAAGRCAGACCAGAACUCGAAAUUGGAGUAUUGAUGUUUUCGUAUCUAUUACGUAGAAUUAGAUUGGUUCAUUUAAUCUUGUAAAACACAUAAGCGUGGGUUUCAAAUAAACAAUACCUGCAAAUACCUGCA